UCCCUGCGCCCGCCCGCCGCCUCCCUCCUCCUUCCCUGCGGCUCCCCGGGCUUUCGGGAGCCCGGGGGCGGCCUGUGGCGCGCCGAGCCCGCUCCGGACUGCGCCUCUUUGGACCUUGAGGGGAAACAUGCGUUUGGCUUGGAUCGUUUUGAAUUCUUAGUUUGGGAUCCCCGCCCGCCUGCCUCUUCCGCCCCGCGGGGGUUUCUUUUCUUUUUUCUUUUUUUCUUUUUUCCCCCGUGUUUUUUUUUUUCCCCCCCCUCCCGGUCUCCUUUUUGACUCCCUCCCCCUUUAUGCUCGCCCAGCCCUGCCCCCGCUGCUGAGAAGUGGGGGAGGGUCUCGGCCUCCAGGUUCCCGCCCCACCGGGGCCCGGGCGAGCAUGGGGGGCAAGCAGAGCACGGCGGCCCGCUCCCGGGGCCCCUUUCCGGGGGUCUCCACCGAUGACAGCGCCGUGCCCCCGCCGGGAGGGGCGCCCCACUUUGGGCACUACCGGGCGGGCGGCGGGGCCAUGGGGCUGCGCAGCCGCUCGGUCAGCUCGGUGGCGGGCAUGGGCAUGGACCCCAGCACGGCCGGGGGGGUGCCCUUUGGCCUCUACACCCCCGCCUCCCGGGGCACCGGCGACUCGGAGAGGGCGCCCGGCGGCGGAGGGUCUGCGUCCGACUCCACCUAUGCCCAUGGCAAUGGUUACCAGGAGACCGGCGGCGGUCACCAUAGAGACGGGAUGCUGUACCUGGGCUCCCGAGCCUCGCUGGCGGAUGCUCUACCUCUGCACAUCGCACCCAGGUGGUUCAGCUCGCACAGUGGUUUCAAGUGCCCCAUUUGUUCCAAGUCUGUGGCUUCUGAUGAGAUGGAAAUGCACUUUAUAAUGUGUCUGAGCAAACCUCGCCUCUCCUACAACGAUGAUGUGCUGACAAAAGACGCAGGGGAGUGUGUGAUCUGCCUGGAGGAACUGCUUCAGGGGGACACGAUAGCCAGGCUGCCCUGCCUGUGCAUUUAUCACAAAAGUUGCAUAGAUUCGUGGUUUGAAGUGAACAGAUCUUGUCCAGAACAUCCCGCUGACUGACCCUGCUGGGCUCGCUUGCUGACUCCUCUCAAAGCACAGAACCACAGACACCCGGCCAGCCUCGGCGGGAUGCACGCCGCUGGACUCGGCCACUACAGCGCGACUUACAUGUUCCGGUCCACACAGGGACAGCCAGCCCCCGUUCCCAAGAGGAGGCAUCGGACACGGGCAGAGCUGAGCUGGGGACGCCAGUGGGAACAGGGCACCCCUUCUGCACUGACUUCCAGAAAAUGGUUCUCCCUUUCUCCCUGAGGACACCAAAUUGGACGACAGCGAGUUUGAGAGAAGAAUCAACUGCUAUCCUUCCCCUCACCCCUCAUCCCGAGAGGGAAAGGGCAUUUACUUUUACACCUUUGAAAGGCGUUGUGGGUCUGUCUAAAGUGUUUACAAAAAAAAAAUUAUAAAAAAAAAGUCUAGUGUCGACUGGUGUUUUCCCUCGUGAUGUUUACAGAUUGCUGUCUGCUGCCCAGCUAGAACCCACUCGGUGAUGGAGACGAGCAGGGCUACGCAUUCUGCUGGCGCAUGGUCUCCUCCUGCGCCUGGCGCCCUCCCAUCAGCCCUCUAUCACCAACUGCUCUGCCUUGGGUGGUUUGGUUUUUGUUUUGGGGUUUUUUGUUUUUGUUUUUGUUUUUUCGGUUAUCUUCCCCCCUCCAUUUUUUUGGCUUGGUUUUGCACUUUUCUCCCCUGGGACCCUGAUAAUGUAACUUCAUUGCCAAAAAAAAAAAAAAAAAACACCCAUCAAGGAGCUUCUCUUCUUUCCCUUUCCCUCUCCUCCUUCCCUCAUGGUUCUGGUCGGUUCAGAGGAUUUAACAAUCACAAGUGUCCUGCAAAAAUGCCGGAACAUUUUUCUUAGACCCUUGUGGAUUUUUUUUCCCCAGAAAAAACUUAAACAGACAAAAGACUUAUUAAAGGAAUAUGUACAGUUAUCCUUGUUUUCAGGCAGUCUGUUUGAGAACAUUUUAGCCAUCGAUGUUCACACGUGGCAUCAGCCCAUGCAAGAUAGGUUUCUGUAUUUAUAUAUUAAAAUACAAAAAAAAACCUUAUAAAAUGUUUAAAAAAAUGUUCAAAGCUUGGGGGAAAAGCUUUCUUCAUUAGUCAAGGUGUUUUGAUAUGGUAUUAAAAUGUCUAAUAAAAGA